CAGCCCUGCUUGGCUUGCCUUCCUCCAUCUGGCUUAUAAAAGUUUGCUGAGCGCAGUCCAGAGGGCUGCGCGGCUCGUCCCCUCGGCUGGCGGAAGGGGGUGACGCUGGGCAGCGGCUAAGAAGCGCGCCGCAGGCUCUGGCGGGCUUUCGGCUCGAGGGGCAAGGUGAAGAGCGCACAGGGAGCUGGGGGCUGCCGAGGUGGACUUGCGUGUUGCACCAUGCCUUCUUGGAUCCGGGCUGUGAUUCUUCCUCUCUCCGGGCUGCUGCUGUCCCUGCCGGCCGCGGCGGACGUGAAGGCUCGGAGCUGCAGCGAGGUCCGCCAGGCUUACGGUGCCAAGGGAUUCAGCCUAGCGGACAUCCCCUACCAGGAGAUCGCAGGGGAGCACUUACGGAUCUGUCCUCAGGAAUAUACCUGUUGCACCACGGAAAUGGAAGACAAGCUAAGCCAACAGAGCAAGCUGGAGUUUGAAAACCUCGUGGAAGAGACAAGCCAUUUUGUGCGAACCACGUUUGUGUCAAGGCACAAGAAAUUUGAUGAAUUUUUCCGAGAGCUGCUGGAAAACGCAGAGAAGUCCCUCAACGACAUGUUUGUGCGGACCUACGGGAUGUUGUACAUGCAGAACUCGGAGGUGUUUCAGGACCUCUUCACCGAGCUCAAGCGCUACUACACGGGCGGCAACGUGAACCUGGAGGAGAUGCUCAACGACUUCUGGGCGCGGCUGCUGGAGCGGAUGUUCCAGCUGAUCAACCCCCAGUAUCAGUUCAGCGAGGACUACCUGGAGUGUGUGAGCAAGUACACGGACCAGCUCAAGCCCUUCGGAGACGUGCCGCGGAAACUGAAGAUCCAGGUCACGCGCGCCUUCAUUGCCGCGCGCACCUUCGUGCAGGGCCUGACCGUGGGCAGAGAGGUUGCCAACCGAGUUUCCAAGGUAAGCCCCACGCCUGGCUGCAUCAGAGCUCUCAUGAAGAUGCUGUACUGCCCAUACUGCCGAGGCCUGCCCAGUGUGAGACCUUGCAACAACUACUGCCUCAACGUCAUGAAGGGCUGCCUGGCCAACCAGGCGGAUCUGGACACUGAGUGGAAUCUCUUCAUAGAUGCAAUGCUCCUGGUGGCAGAGAGGCUGGAAGGACCCUUCAACAUUGAGUCCGUCAUGGACCCAAUAGACGUCAAGAUCUCUGAAGCCAUCAUGAACAUGCAAGAGAACAGCAUGCAGGUGUCGGCAAAGGUCUUCCAGGGCUGUGGCCAGCCCAAACCUGCUCCGGCUCUCAGAUCUGCUCGCUCGGCUCCAGAAAAUUUUAACACCCGCUUUCGGCCCUACAACCCCGAGGAAAGACCCACGACGGCGGCAGGCACGAGCUUGGACCGGCUGAGGACUGUGUGGAGGACCAUGCAGCACAGUGUCACAGACAUCAAGGAGAAACUGAAGCUCUCUAAAAAGGUCUGGUCGGCAUUGCCUUAUGCCAUCUGCAAGGAUGAGAGCGUGACAGCAGGCACGUCCAAUGAGGAGGAGUGCUGGAACGGACACAGCAAAGCCAGAUACCUGCCUGAGAUCAUGAAUGACGGGCUGACCAACCAAAUCAACAACCCCGAGGUGGAGGUGGACAUCACCCGGCCCGACACUCUCAUCAGACAGCAGAUCAUGGCUCUCCGGGUGAUGACCAACAAGCUGAAGAACGCAUACAACGGCAAUGACGUCAACUUCCAAGACACAAGCGACGAAUCCAGCGGCUCAGGCAGCGGCAGCGGGUGCAUGGAUGAUGUGUGUCCCACUGAGUUCGAGUUUGUCACCACCGAGGCCCCUGCGGUGGACCCCGACCGGAGGGAAGAGGAAUCUUCCGGCGCGCAGCUCAGCUACUCCCUGGUCUCCUGGCCUCUGGUCGGCCUGGUCUUGGCCCUGCAGAGACGCUACAGAUAAUCCUGGGCUUUGGUCGAACGAAACUGCAUUUUAGCUCUUUAGUGGCCAACUCCCUUCUUUUCUUACACUUGGACAAUGGACCGUGCCACAAAACUCGCCGUUUUCUAUGACAAGAGAGCAGUCUCGCGGAUCUGCCUCCCUUUUUGUUUUCCCAAAGAGUUCUGGGAGCCAGACGGCCUGCUUCUCUGCCCUUCGCCCGUCUGGGCGACCUCGCUUACUCCAGAGAGAAUUCUUACUCAAAUCUUUCGUACCAAGAGAUUUUUUCUUACCGUCAUUUGCUUUUA